AAGCAAUGGCGUGGGAGCCCACAGUGCCGACUAACUGACAACUUCGGCAAUAAAAUCUUCUACCAAAUAUUAAAUCUGAACCGUCCAAAAUGUUGAUCAUAACGUCAUCUAGGUGGACCAUCAUUGACUUCCGUUCAAAAGCUGCUAGCCGGGGCGAGUUGCAGGGCCAAUCUCUCUCUCUCUCUCUCUCUCUCUCUCUCUCUCUCCUUGCAAUUUCAUUUAGAGGUUGUGCAGAGGCUCUGAUGUUGGGUUGUGUGAAUUGGGUAGGAUAAAGCAUUUCUUCAAUGGAGCAGCCACUGAAGAAGUAUCAUCGGGAGAAGGUGGAGGGAACUAUUGAAGGCUUCUCUCCUAUUUCUUCAACGCGGGUAUUCUGGAAGUCUCGCAAGAGAUCAGCUUUGGCCGCAAGUGGCUGGAAUUUGGACAACAUAACUGAAGAUGACACCAAUAAAACACCAAACAAACAGGAAGAAUCUCCAACUGAAGAGAAAAUGCAGGACUCAACAGUCAUUCUAUCUGAGCGUCGAAAAGCCCUCUUUGAGCCAUUGGAACCUAUAAAGAAUAUUAAUGGUCCAGGACCAUUGGCUGAGAUGCUACUUCCUCCCCCAGAUUUCGACUCUACCUGCUAUCCAAAAGGGUGGCUUAUUGGAAAGAAGAGGAAGCUGGUUAAUGUGGAUGUUGUCGAGAGCAUGCGGAGGAUCGCUAUCCAGGAAAUGAACAGAAAGGACCAGGAAAUUAAUGGGCUUAAUGAGCAGUUGGAAGAGGAUGGACGGUGCCUGGAACAUCUGCAAAUUCAGCUGUUGGAGGAGCGGAGCAAACGUGCUGAGGUAGAAAGAGAAAAUGCGGUGUUGCAAAACCAGAUAUCAAUGCUGAUGAAUAUGUUGCAGGAAAGCGAAGGUGGCUCCGAUAAAGAUGUUUAAUUGUUGUACGUAAUUUGUUUGCUUAUUCUUUUGUAGAUUUGCUUGUGGGGUUAGAAGCUAAAAAUUAUGCACAUGCUAGCUUGCGCGUGGUUUCAUUGUUGGUUGGUGCUGCAAGAAUCUUGCAUUUGCCUGUUAUAUAUUGCUUGUAAUCUGAGCUAUCAAUCUCACAUUAAAGUAGGUGAAUAUGCAGAUAGUUUGUAUUUGUUGAUAUCUGAAAUUUGAAGUGCAUGGGAUACGAGUUGGCAGUCUUCUUUAAGAA